UUUGAGAACGGAGACGAAUAUUUAUAAAGGGAAUUGCAUGCCCUGAAUGUUUUUUUGUGUUCCUCACCGCUUGGUGUAGCAAUAACAUUGUCUUGUCUACAAGUUCCCCUCACCCUACCUAAUCGAGGAUAUCCGAGACAUUCCCGCAUUGCUCUGCAACCAGCUUCGUUUCUGCACUCAUCAAACCGUUCAAAACCUUCUCUUCUUCUCCCAUCUCAUUGUUUCUCCUUCCUCCCGUCUCGCCACGAUCGCCGUUGACUCUUCUUCCCCUCACUUCAACCCCUGUUCGUAUAAGCAGCCUGGCGUGGAGAUAGCGUCAUCGAUAUUGUCUAGAUUCCUCCCCCACGCACAAACACGACAAAGAUAGGAUAGCGACGAUUCAAGGCGUCAACGAUAUUCUCAGAGGACUCAAUUGACCCCUCUCGAGUCUGGCCUUGUCAAUUCGGUCCCGUAGAGUGGCUUUCUUGCCGCUCAGGCUCUCCUCCAAUCUUUCACGCUCUCAACCAAACAAUCUGUUGGGGAAAUAAAGCCCGACAGCUUCAGCCAUGGCAGCACCCAGCACAUUUGGGGAGCUGGGCCUCUCCAUCAUUGGCAUCGGCACUGAGUACCCCCCUUAUGCGCUGGAGCAUACUUGCAUCGACAUUCUCAGCGAGAGGUUUUACCCAGAUACACCAUCCAUGAGAAAAGUCCUUGGGAUCAACAAAUACACCGGCAUCGAAACACGAUCAUCCAUCGGACUCCCAGAUCACCCAGCAGUCAACAAGGAAAAUGCGCCGUCGAUAGCAGAACUUCACCAGCUCUUCAACUCUGACGGUAUCCCCCUGGCCAUACGCGCCGCUCGCAAGGCCAUCGCCGAGGCCAAGAUCGAUACCCGCUUCAUAACCCACAUCGUCGCCACGACCUGCACAGACAGCGCCAACCCGGGCUUUGACCAUUUCGUUGCAAAGGGGCUGGGCAUUACCCAUGGAGUCGAGAAGGUUCUGUUACAUGGCGUCGGCUGCAGUGGUGGAUUGGCCACCCUGCGUACAGGCGCGAACCUGGCCCUUGGACAUAGGGCUCGAGGUCUUCCUGCUCGCGUAUUAUGUGUCGCACUAGAGGUCAGCACUACCCUGGUGCGGAGUGAGUUGGAUAGCAUCAAUGAGCUGCAGGAGACGAGGAUAGGCGCGUGUCUCUUUUCUGACUGUGCCAGCGCUGUUGUUUUGAGCAAUGGCAUUGGUGAGCCGGCCGAGUCUGUCUAUGACCUGCUGGGCUGGGACCAUAGGGUAAUACCUGAUACCGAGCAUGAUCUAGGGUUCGACGUCGACCCUGUUGGCUGGAAAGUCAUACUGACUCCACGAGUCCCAAAGCUCACGAGGGCCGCAAUUGCGCCAGCAUUCAACGACCUCAAGGCCUCGUUGCCGCGCUUGCCUCCAGAAUAUCAGACCGCCGCCGACUUUGACUGGGCCAUGCACCCCGGUGGUGCUACCAUCCUCACCGGUGCCGAGCAAGCCAUGAAUAUUACCCCGGAACAUAUGAGAGCAAGCUACGACACCUACAUCAACCAUGGAAACUCCAGCUCUGCCACCAUCUUCAGCGUCAUGGAUCGGCUGCGUUCCAAAGACAUGGAUGCCAUGAGUCCUGGUGGCCGUCUGCGCGAGUACGUUGUGGGAUGUGCUUUUGGACCUGGUAUAUCCGUAGAGAUGUGUAUGCUGAAGCGCAAUCUCGGGCUUGGCUCAAGUAUCGUCGGCAUACAAACUCCACCACAAACACCCCCCGAGACGGAGAGUGAACCAAGUGAGGUCGGAGACGGUGAGUGGGGCCCCGAGAUGAGCGGGUCUUCGGACGGGAAGGAUGCGGUGAUCGAGCCCCGGGAUCAGGACGCGGCGUUUGUAGCGAAAGCAUUGGAGCAUCUAGACCUGGAUUAGAGAGUGAUUGGGUUGCAUUGAAGGAUGAGCGAGCAAGUUGAGGCCGCUGAGUAAUGCUGUUCCUAGAGAUAUAACAAGGAAAGGAUAUAGCCACGGCGAGGCUUAGGUCGACGCCGGUUGUUGGCGCUUUUCGACACCCAUAUUGAACACUGUUGCUAUCGUACUUGCCGGAUGUGAUGUGGCAAAUACAACAGCUCGCUUGUCGAACCGAGAGACAUGACCAUGCCUCUUGUAUCAAGACUCAUCAUCAAAGCAACGAGUGCCUGGCGGUGAAAGGAAUCCUUCAGCCCCCUUACAUUCGAUCGUAAGUAGCGACUUGGCGGUCAAGAUCUGAUCUGUCUCCAGACAUGCGCGUCCUUUCUGCUGAUGGGAG